GAACCCCUGUCCGUUGGCCUCACACAGCAGUGGCCGUUGAACAGGGUUGGCAUGGCAGGGAGUGGUGGGAGGCUGAGCUCCCCCCAUCGAGCCCUGCUGGAGAUGGUGGCCAUCAUAGCAGUGAUGGUGGAGGCAUGUCAGGGCGCUCCGGGUGGAGUGGCAUCGGAGGAAGAACAAUUUUCUAUUGGCUUUUUCCCAAGGAACCUGAUCUACGGCAACGCUCAUCGUGCAGAGAACGUGUAUGUUAAAAUGUUCACCAACAGCCCGUUCCUGGCGUGUACGGAUCUGUCUAUUUCUCAAGAAGAAAUGAUAGACCCCAAGUACUCGUGGACUGGCCCAGAUGGGAGGAAUUUACAAGGGAAAGGAUACGUGAAUCUCACGGACUCUGGGGAGCUGGUGCUGUUGGGCUUCCAGGAGUCCAUGUCUGGAGCCUACACGUGUGUACUGUCCCACAAAAUCAUAGAAACCUCAGCACAAGAAGAACUAGAUGUGACCUCUACCUACAGGUUCAUGGUGUACGCGUACAGGGAAGCCAGCCACGUGUACCAGAUCUCGGUCCGUUUCAAUGUGAAGGGAUGUGAGCUGGCAGCCAACGAUCGGUUCGUGGAGGAGCUGAAGAAGAUCCUGGAGAACCUCAUCUCCGACCUGACGUGCCGCGUGGAGGGACCCUCAUCCACCUGCCAUUCCCUCGAGGCUCCCCAGCGGGGCUCCCCGAACGAGCUCUUCAUCACAUUUCAGGUGAAUCCCUUCGCUCCGGGAUGGGAAGAUCUCUGCUACCGCCUCCCUCGGGACUGUGACGACGCCACGAACCGCAGAGCUCAGGAGGCAAAGGAUCGAAUAAGGGAGUUCUUCAGGAAGCAGACAUACGCCCUGAAGCACCAAUUUCGGGCUGUUCCCACCAUCCAUUACGUGGAGGGCAGCUUGUCAGUGACCUCCAUCGACAGCUGCCGUCCAGGCUUUGGGAGGAACAACAUCACCCACCGGAGCUGCGCUGGCUGCUGCGUGGUGUGCAGCCCUGGGACGUACAGCCCCAAUAGCUCUGGCAGAUGCAGGCCGUGUGUGGGGCAACGCAGAGUGGGGUACGGAGCCACGUCCUGCCCGUGAAUGUGGCACAGAAUGAAGAGACCAGAGGUGGGAAAGCAGCGUUGUUUUUCUGGUGGCCUCUUGGUGCCGAGCUGCUGGUCCUGGAGCUCUACGUGCAGCCUGAGCAGCAGCUGAGCUCCUCCGCUCACACACCCCUCCUGCAUUUCGUGUAUUCAGGCAUAAAAUGGGGCGUUCAUUCAGGGUCGAG